AUGACUUCUCUUCAUAUCCUUGAUGUGUCUGAUAACUACUUUAGUGGUUCACUUCUUCCAUGCUUGCACAAUAUCUUGGAAUUGAGGACGAUUAGUUUGAGAGGAAACAAAUUCCAAGGACUAUUACCAAGAUCAUUGUCCAAUUGCACCAUGUUAGAGGCCUUUGAUGUUAGUGAUAAUCAAUUCAAUGACACUUUUCCCUCUUGGUUGGGAAAUCUUCCAAACUUAAAGCUUCUCCUAUUGCAGUCCAACAAAUUAUAUGGGCAAAUAUUAGAAAGUCCUGAAACCAAUUAUCAAUUCCCCAACUUGCGAAUUAUUGAUCUUUCUUACAAUAGUUUUAUCGGAAGGUUGCCAUUGAAGUCCUUUAGAAAUUGGAACACCUUGAAAUUGGACAAUGAAUUCCACUUGACAUAUAUUCAGGCAAAACUAUAUUCUAGUGAUGGGACAUACCAUAUGUAUUACAAUUAUGAUUAUACAAUGCAACUAAAAAACAAAGGUCUGGAUAUAGCGUACGAUAAGGUCCUAGAAUUCUAUAGAGCCAUUGAUAUGUCAAGUAAUAGGUUUGUUGGAGAGAUUCCAGGUUACAUUGGAGAUUUGAAAAAUCUUCAUAUGCUGAAUCUUUCCAACAACAUUCUCAUCGGACACAUUUCACCAUCUAUAGGAAAUCUUACCAUGCUAGAAUCAUUGGACCUUUCUCAAAAUAGGCUCUCAGGGGAGAUUCCAUCACAACUAACACAGCUUAUUUUUCUCGAAGGGUUCAAUGUUUCUCAUAAUCAACUCACUGGCUCUAUACCACAUGAGAAACAAUUUGAUACAUUUGAAAACAAAUCAUUUAAGGGGAAUUUAGGCUUGUGUGGUAAUCCAUUAUCAAAGAAGUGUGGGGAUUCUGAUUCUUCACUACCUUUACCUUCAACUUCUAAACAAAUUCAAGAUUUUGCUGUGUCUCUCUUUGAAUUUGGUUGGGAAAUAGUUUUGAUUGGGUAUGGAUUUGGACUAAUUGUCGGAGUGAUAAUUGGCAACAUUGUGGCUACAAAAAAACUUGAUUGGUUGAUGAAGACCUUUGGAAUAAGGCAACGGACACAAAGAAAUGUGAUAAGGGAGCAUAGGAACUAA